ACUGCAGUUUCAGGUCAUUCAGAGGUCACCGACCCCCAUCUUGCUCCAAAACAAACCAAAGUGGGUCACUUCCUUAGAGAUCCGUUUGUGGAGGAUGAAGAUGAUGUGCAGCAUCCUGCUGCUCCUCAUCCUCAGCUCAUGUCUCUGUGCAGCAACAUUUGUAGUGAAUGUGACACAGAGCAGCUAUCAGGCAGAGGAGAAGCAGAGCAUCACUCUGGAGUGGACCUUCACCACCAAGACUCAGGGAACCUGGAGGAAUCUGUUCAUCGUCUGCAGCUUAUUGGCUCCUCAUAAAGAACUAGUUCUCUAUCAGGUUCAUGAAGGAGUUGAGAUUCCAGAGUCUCAGGAUGAUCAGUUUUCAGGACGAGUCCAGAGCGACAAAGACGUCCUCAGAGAAGGACGAAUCAGACUCCAUGUGUCCAGACUGAGGACUGAAGACUCUGGUCUGUAUCUGUGUGAUGUGAAAACUGGAGAUGGAUUCAACUCUGGAAGAUGUCGACUCAACGUUUCUGCAGCUGCUGAUCAGAUCCAAACUCAGAGACCAAGAUUGACUCCAGAACCAGAGAGACGAGGAAGGAGCAUCAUCAUCAUCACAGUGGGACCGACAGCAGCAGCUCUGAUUUUUCUUCUUUAUUAUUUUUUAGUGAAAUGUUUUCUACUAUUAGAUGUUUAUUUUAAUAAUUAUAAAGAGAGAAGAGAUAAUUCAGUCACUUUAUCAUUAGAAACAAUUUGAUCAGAUUUAGAGGAAUAUAAAUUUUCAGCAUCAAACAACAAAUUAAUUUAUUUAGUUGAUUUUUUUCAGCAGCUGAAAGAUUUUAAAUCUGAAACUCAACAUAAAUGAGCCUUAAAGAGAAUUUAAUCUAAGAUUAUAAUUUAUUGUUAAGUUCAGUUUUUCAGGUUUUAUAUGAUUUUCUUUCUUCUGUUCAUGAACCAGCAGCAGAGUGAUGUUCUGGUUCUGGUUCUGACCCGCUGACUGCUGGAAACAGACAUUCUGGACUCAACCAGAACCAGAACCAGAACCUGGAACCAGAACCAGAACCUGGAACCAGAACCAGAACCCUGAUCUGAGAUGCUUUAAGCUGCAGCAGCUGAUGAACCAGUGAAGUUCUGGAUCUGCUCCACUGGUUCUGGUUCUGAAGGUUCUGCUGUAAAUAAAUCCAGAUUUCUUCCCUCAUGUUGUCAGAACCUGAUUCUCUGCAGAACCUUUUAACAUCCAACAUGAGCUGCAGCCGUUUGGACCUCAGCAGAACCAGUCCAGCUGCUGGAUCUGACUUCAGACCAGUUCUACCAUCAAGGGUUCUACUGGAGCGCCACCUGGUGGUGGAGUUAGGAACUGUGAGCUUAUAGAGCUGAAGGUCUGAGUGAUGGACCGACUGGAUCCGUUCAGUUUGAUUUGUUCUGUUUUUAUAUUUUGUCCAUCAUUAAUAUUCACCGUUAAGUUUUAUCUUCUAACAUUUAUGAUAAAUUGUUUGUUUUAUUGAUUAUAUAACAAAAUGCUGGACAAAAACAAAACGGUAAAACCCACAUUAAGGCCAAAUGAGUUUAUUUAUAGAAAGUGAUGAAGAGGAGCUGCUGCUUCAGAAAUGAUCAAUAUCUGGACGUCGAUCAGCUGAUCAAUUUUUGUAUUGAAUUUUUGUUACUUUAUAAAACUUGUAUUAAUUAAAAUGA